AUGGACAACGGGAUUGUCCUCAAGUCUGUGACAUGCCUCACUCUUCCAGGGACACCCUGGCGGAAGGAGCAGACAGAGGACCUGCAGCGGGUGCUCAGGGCUGUGGACAGUGAGAUCCCACUGGUCUUUGUCAGCGGCAACCACAACGUAGGCAACAUCCCCACCCCUGAGAUCAUUGCAGAGUUCCAGCGGACUUGGGGAGAUGACUAUUUCAGCUUCUGGGUCGGGGGCAUCCUGUUCCUCGUCCUCAACUCCCAGUUCUUGUAUCACGCCUCCAUGUGCUCUGCCUUGAAGCAGGCCCAGGACCAAAAGCUGGACCAGCAGCUGAGCAUCGCAGGGCAGCGGAAGUGCCAGCACGCGGUCGUCUUCCAGCACAUCCUGCUGUUCCUGCAGAGCAUUGAUGAGGAUGACUACUACUUCAACCUCACCAAAUCCGUGCGGAAGGAGGUGGCAGACAAGUUCGUGGAAGCAGGUACAUGCGUGCACACCCUUACGCACACACACAGUGGGGACACCCUGUGUCUAGAGCUCUCACUUCCGGUGGUGCUGUGUGCACCGCCAGCCCACACGCCUAAUUUCUCCUCCUGGGAGCACCUGCAGCUUUCCUCUCCUGAGAUGUGGUGCAUUCUAAGCCGGUUCCCUACAUUGCCAGUGACUUGCCAGGAUUCCAAUUUUGACAACUGUCGUGUCUCAUGUGGCCCCCUGCUGUCCCCACCAGGCGCCACCUUCAUGUAUGAGCAGGUGUGCCCUUCUUGGUCAUCGGCCUUAGGAUCUUCCCCUAGACCUGCUUGA